AUGGGAGGCAAGUGCCCGCACCGCAAGGUCAAGAAGCGCCGCCUCUCGCACAAGACGGCGCGCCGCGGCAAGUUCCUCCUCAAGGCCGACGAUGCCGUCUACGACGAGCUCGUCAAGCUGGCCGAUCAGGGCAAGGACGCUGAAGCCAAGGAGCUCCCCGUCGACGAGGACCUCCCAGGCAUGGGACAGUUCUACUGCCUCCACUGCGAUCGCUACUUUGCAAGUGAAAGCGUGAAGGAUGACCACUACCGCUCAAAGCGCCACAAGAAGAGGGUCAAGGUAAUGUCUGGGCCAGCUCCACACACGCAACUUGAUGCUGAACUUGCUGCUGGAAUGGGAAAGCCUGACAAUGGCCUGAAGCUUAUGUCCAUGUGA